AUGUCGUCGAGUGGUGAAUUCUCGACGUUGUCGAGCGGUGAGGUGACCGGUACAGGGGAUGAUUCGUUGCCGAGUUCCCGCGAGGCGACCGCGGAGGCGGCGAGCUCUGGGGGCGGUUUCAUGCCACUGCGUGAGUUCCUGGACAGAUUCUCGUUGCCCAGGGUGGUCAGGGUGGAAGGAGCCGGUGGACGACCGAUACUGUUGUACAAGCAACAGCAACGAUCGCUCAGAGUCACGGCCACCCUGCUGAUGCACCGUUAUCGUCACGACGUUAAAGUUGGACCGGAGAUCGUGAUCCCGGAAGGGUACCCCGGCUGGUUCUCUGUUGUCUCGAACAACAGUGGUACCGGAAGUGCCAGGGUGUACAGAAGAGUGGGAGCUCUGGUCCGAGCCGGUGUCCCGGCGUUUCUGCUCGCGAAACCGCUCAGAGCUUACACGCUGACGCAUUCCAAAAUGGAGAACGGAAACCUAAGGGCUCAUUACACGAAAACAACGGUCCGGGCGGGUGAGGUUCUGCGGCUCGCCGCGGUCUUCCAGGACACACGAAGGACCCCGGUCUCCAGUGGGAUUUCCGGUGUUGUGAGCGCGGUCCCGGAAGGUAAGAGUUCAAGGUCGUCGGAACGGGAUCAGUACGCGCAGUGCUUGGACUCCCACGGGCACGAGCUAUUCGCGCCGCUUUCCGCGAGGGGAGAGUUCUACGCGACCUGCCAGAGCGGAAGCCUCGACACCGGAAGCGACGCGGUAUUGUACAGAGUUCAUCAGCUCGCCAGAAGGGAUCUUCCUCUGAGGGUACGAUUAGUCGCUGGACCCUUGCCGAUACCAUUACCACGGGAUUACAGCGGGCUGAUGCAACUGGAGGGCGCAACCAGGGGGCCCAUAGUGUUGGGAUGUGCGGUACCAUUGUUGCCCGAGCGACCUUUACCGAAUUCCACCGUCCCGGAACUUCUUGAAUUAGUCGCGACAGGACCGACAGCGCCUCGGGUGAAGAGGGCGCGGUUGGGCUGUCCUUCUGAAGCACGGUUGCUAGCGUCGCCGAAGAUGCAGCGGUUACUUUCAGCUUGCAGAAGAGCUUUGGACCAAAGGGCAACGGAACCUCGUGUGGCGCCCCCGAAGCCGCCGGUCAACAACGGUCAGCUGAAGGAGCUCCAUCUGAAAGAGAUCAAGUCGAAGACCGAGGCGAAACCGAUUUUGCAGAGUCUGAAAGAGGGUUUGGAGCACAUCAAGAGAACGACAAUCCGGGAUCGGAGUAACAGCCGAACCGGAGGCAACAAUCACAGCUUCCUCGAUCGGAUUUCGAGGAUAGCCCAGGGUGGCAGAAGUAGGAAUCCAGCGAAGAAGUCCGCUUCGUUCACGUUCGCGGUUCGCCCGGAGAUCGGCAUGAGGACCGAGAGAUACGCCAGCCUGGAGUCGGAGACGAAUCUGUUGCAGGCGACGCAAUCGCCUAGGCAACAGGUGCAACGAUCGGUGUCCACCAGCGUUUUAGAAGUUCAGACCCAGCAGGACCUGGACCCGCCGUACUCGAAGGUCAGGGACAGCCUGACACCGUUGCCGUCGACCCCGCCGUCGAAGACGGAGGAGAUCUACGCGGAGAUCUGCGAGACCACGAUGAUCGUCAAUCCUCCCGAGGAAAAACCUCCGCCCGUCGCCAAGAAUGGGACCAGGGAGAGGGACAGGGGAUACGUCAAGCUGGCGCCGUCCCACUCGGAGAUCAUCGACGCGAACGGGGACGAGGAGGGGAUUUAUAACACCGUCUGCUGA